UGAGCAUAUUGUGAAGAGCGAGGAAGCUGUUUCUCGCAUGCACGCUCCUUUUAAGCUAAGGUUCUUCUCUGGGAGGUCCCCUCGACCAGGGAACGAGGUGGACUAUGAAACAUGGCACAAUAGUAUUGAACUUAUGCUGCAAGAUCCUGCUGUUUCUGACCUAGUCAGAUCCCGAAAGAUUCUUGACAGCCUUUUGCCUCCGGCAGCAGACAUUGUGAGAACACUGGGUUCCCAUGCCUCACCCAGAGCUUAUCUUGAUCUUUUGGAUUCAGCUUUUGGAACAGUCGAAGAUGGUGACGAGCUUUUUGCUAAAUUCUUGAAUACUUUGCAGGAUGCGGGAGAGAAGCCAUCACUGUUCUUGCAGCGUCUACAAGUAGCGUUGACACGUGUUGUGCGACGCGGUGGUGUGUCCGCUAGUGAAUCUGAUCGACAUUUGCUUAGACAGUUCUGUAGGGGCUGUUGGGAUGAUGCCCUCAUCUCAGAAUUUCAGCUUGAACAAAAGAAAAAUGACCCCCCUUCUUUCUCAGAAGUUUUGCUGCUGUUGCGCACAGCAGAAGACAAACAAAGUGCUAAAGAGUCUCGUAUGAGGAAGCAUUUUGGUAUGUCUAAGCGUGCUCUUUCUCAUUCUUUGUACCUUUCCUCUGAUGAGGUAGUGUCUAAACAAAUUUCUGUUGCUGACUUGGAGAAGCAGAUUUCAGCGCUUCAAGGACAGGUUGAGAGCUUGAAGAAAACUAAAGAUAAAAAUAAAGACACUCAUGAAAGUAGGGUUCAUGAUUUGCAGAAACAAGUAGUCGAGUUGCAGAGCCAAUUUGCUGCUGGUAAGCCCACCAGGUCUGCGAAUGUCAAAUUCGCUGCAAAGACCACUAAAUCGCAGUCUGUGUGCACAGACCCGAUUGACGCAUCCUAUAGUUUUUCUUCUAAGCAACUGAGUAAACCCAAACCCUGGUACUGUUUCCAUUGUGGCGAAGAUGGUCACAUUGUCGCUACUUGUGAGAAUGCCCCAAAUCCUACUUUGGUAGCAUCCAAAAGGAAGCUUCUGAGAGAGAGGCAGGUUGCUUGGGAGACCAGAGGAGGGUCAUCAAAUCCUGUCCCGUUAAACUAGAAUCAGCCCCAGUUGUGGGACAAACAGGGGCUGAGGGGUAUACUAGAGGUCCCAACAGGUGUAAAAAUAGAAAUCACACCUGGCAUACUCGCACUAGGAACAAGGCUUUUGUUCUGCCUAAGGGUUUGGUUGGGGCAAAAUGCACUGCCGAUAUCUUAAUUGCGGGGCAGAAAUGUAAUUGUCUUCUCGAUACAGGCUCACAGGUGACUACAGUUCCUCAGAUGUACUACGAGCAAAAUUUGUCUCAUUUGGAAAUUAAGCCUCUUGAGCAACUUCUUGAGGUGGAAGCAGCGAAUGGUCAGCUUGUUCCUUAUCUUGGGUAUAUUGAAGUAGAUGUAGUGUUCCCCAAAGAAUUCCUUGGAGCUGAGACAAAACUUUCCACUCUUGCUUUAGUCACUGCAGAUACCACUAGUAGUGUUCAAUCUACUGUACUUAUAGGCACAAACAGUCUUGAUUUAGCCUACAAGAGCCACUCUGAUUCAGGGCUUACUGAAUCACAUCAGAUUUUACCUUAUGGGUUCAAAGCUAUUCUGAAUGUUCUUGAAUAUAGAUUUAAACAAAAAUCUAAUAGCGUCAUUGGAUCUGUGCGAAUUCCAGGUACAAAGCCUGGGAUUGUUCCUGCUGGGCAAACUUUCGUUUUUGAAGGAUCAGUGACCACACGAGAGCCAUGCUCUGAUAAAUGGGUCCUCAUGGAGCCCCCUUCUGAGUCUUCUUGGCCAGGAGGUCUUUUGUGCACCUCCUGUCUUGUCUCACUCCCUUAUAGGACAUCACAGAAAAUACCAGUGAUUCUGAAAAAUGAAACUGAGCAUGAUAUUUCAAUCCCUGCAAAGUGUGUAAUUGCAGAAUUACACUCACUGCAAAGCGUGAU